AAGCGGAAAAAACCUGUGUGUGGUGUUGGGCGGCGGAUACUUAAUUAAAUUAUACAUACGCAUUCGUCGACUGACUUGUGAAAGAAACACACGAACUUUGUGCACAAUGGCGGACAGUGUGGAUCUGGGCAAGUGCUUUGAAAUAAUCAACAACUUGACCACAGAAGCAGGCAGACUGAUAGCACGCAACAAUGAGACGCGUCAAGAGUUUGUGUGCAAAUCGGGCGAUAUUGAUUUGGUCACCCAAACCGAUCAAGAUGUGGAGAAGCUGAUUAUGAAUGGCAUUCGCCAGCACUUUCCAGAUCACAAAUUCAUUGGCGAGGAGGAGAGCAGCACAGGCAACGGAGUCAACAAGUUGACGGAUGCACCCACUUGGAUCAUUGAUCCUGUGGAUGGCACCAUGAAUUUUGUGCACGCCUUUCCCCACUCUUGCAUCUCGGUGGGCCUCAAGGUGAACAAGGUCACCGAAAUUGGCAUCAUCUACAAUCCGAUGUUGGAGCAACGUUUCACGGCCCGUCGUGGCCAGGGUGCCUACUACAACGGACGGCGUAUACAGGCUAGUGGACAGCGUGAGAUCGGCAAGGCGCUGGUCGUCAGCGAAUUUGGCACCACACGCGAUGAGCAGAAGCUGCAAUUGGUCAAUGAGAAUUUCGCGAAAAUGGCCCGCAAGGUGCAUGGGCUGCGUGCUCUGGGCUCGGCUGCCUUGAACAUGGCCAUGGUAGCCUUGGGCGCUGCGGAUGUGAACUACGAGUUUGGCAUUCAUGCGUGGGACGUUUGUGCCGGUGACUUGAUUGUGCGGGAGGCGGGCGGUGUGGUGAUUGAUCCAGCUGGCGGCGAGUUUGACAUCAUGUCGAGACGUGUGCUCGCAGCAGCGACGCCAGAGUUGGCCCAGGACAUCGCCAAGGAGCUGACGCAAUAUUAUCCCCAACCACGUGACGAUUAAGGCCAAAGGCAUUUGCAAUCGAUGCACGUUCUACUUACUAUAUAUAGCACUGCAUAUAUAUAGUAUAUAGAACAGAUUAUGAUGAGGCAAUCUACAAGUAUCGCAUUUGUUGACUAUUAACCAAGUACCUAAAAUGAAUUUCCAGAAUAAAACUCGAGUCAUUAACAUA